CCUUCAGCAUUGACUUCAGGCAGACUGAAAUUUCGGAAGAACGAAUCAGCUGGGAGCUCUGCUUUUCAGAAUGGAAGAGGAGCAGGUUGCAGACAAGAGUGAGGUGGACAAGGAUUCUCUGGAGAAAACCCUUGCACAGCUGAAAUGCCAUUUCACGUGGAACUUACCUAAGGAAGGUGGUGUCUUAGGCGAUCUAGAAGACAGAGUGUGUCACCAGAUCGAAUCGGUAAACGCUGAGUGCAAAGCUACGAUGUACAAUUUCUUGGCCUACAUAAAACACCUGCGUGGUCACCACGAGGCGGCGCUGGAGUGCCUGCGGCGGGCGGAGGAGCUGAUCCGGCGGGAGCAUCGCGAGCAAGCGGACGCCCGAAGUCUGGUCACCUGGGGCAACUUCGCCUGGGUCUCCUACCACCUGGGCAGACACGCAGACGCGCAGAUGUAUGUGGACAAGGUGAGACGAGUGUGCGAGAAGUUUUCAAACCCAUAUAGUGUGGAGUGUCCCGAGCUUGACUGCGAAGAAGGGUGGACAUGGCUUAAGUGUGGAGCACAGCACAGCGAGAGGGCCAAGGUGUGUUUUGAGAAAGCUCUGGAGGAGAAGCCCAACGACCCGGAAUUCUCUUCAGGGCUGGCCAUCGCGACGUACUAUCUGGAUAAUAAACCACAGAAGCCGUGCUCCGUGGACGCUCUGAAGCAGGCCCUGGAGCUGAAUCGCGACAAUCAGUACGUCAAGGUGCUCUUGGCUUUGAAGCUGCAGAAGAUGAAUGAAGAAGCUGACAGCGAGCGGUUGGUCCUGGAGGCCCUGGAGGACACGCCUUGCCAAGCAGAUGUCCUUCGCAGUGCAGCCACGUUUUAUCAAAAAAAAGGGGAUCUAGACAAAGCUAUCGAACUGUUUCUAAAGGCAUCGAAAUCCAUUCCAAACGAUGGUAACCUCUGUCACCAGAUUGCGUGCUGCUAUAGGGCAAAGGUCAAACAAAUUCAGAAUACAGGAGAAUCCGAAGCUAGUAGGAAUGAAGAGAAGAUUGGAGAACUAAAGAAGUGUGCUAUUGACUAUGUGAUUAAAGCUAUUGAGAAGGGAGUAGAUCCGCUGUAUGCAUAUUCUGAUGAGCUCCUGGAAACAGAAGACUACCAUCAGCUAGCUUGCAGUAAGGAGCUCCCCGGCACCCGGAGGCAACAACCCCCCCAGCACUAUCGCAACUUUCGGGGGAGUCAUGCGAAGUCUGAAGACACUGCUACCCAACAUGAUUUUGAAGGUUUGCCCACAAGUGCAAAAUCAACGGAGGAAGGAAAGACAAAAUACCCACCACAGAACUUGGCUGGAAAUCAGCCUCCGCAAAACGCACCGAAUUCUUGGUAUCUCCAAGGAUUAAUCCACAAGCUGAAUGGAGAGCUGCUGCAGGCAGCCGAAUGUUAUGAGAAGGAGCUGGGCUACCUCUUAAGGAGCAGCCCCACAGGCAUAAGCAGCUUUUUCCUGCCACUGGCUGAGCUUGAAGAAGGCGGUGAGGCCUCGGGCACAACCCCACUCCCAGAGCUCCCGGGAGCCUGAGCUGAAACGCAGCAGAGGGCCAGGAGCACAGUCAGGGAACCCGGGACGCCCCAGGAUUGCUUUAGGGUAUAUUUGUAGGGUUGCUUCCUCAUAUCUGCUUCCCAUUUCCAUCUCAGCCACACACACUCCUCUAGCCUAUGGGCCUUACAGUGCAAUCACCUAUGGACGCAGGGCUUUGGGCCUGCGU